AGGGUCACUGGAAAUCCAAAUUCCCUCUUGACAACACCAACGAGGAGCCCUUUUUUAGAGCCAACGCUGAGCCUUGCCAGGUGCCCACGAUGUUUCAGGAAAUGAGAUUCCGUUAUGCUUCCAUCGCAAGUGCCAAAGUUCAAGUGUUGGAGCUCCCUUACCAAGGGGACGAUAUUACAAUGGUCUUUAUCCUACCUUAUGUGGACACACCUUUGGCCCAAGUGGAGGAGCAGCUGACCGCAGAGAAGCUGGAAAGCUGGUUCGGUGCCUUGAAGGAGGUCUCUCUCUCAGUACAUUUGCCCCGUUUCAAGAUAGAAAGCAGCUUCAGCCUGAAGGAGAAACUCCAAGAAAUGGGAUUAAGAGAUCUUUUCAGCCCUGAAAGAGCCAGUCUACCAGG